UGCUUUUUAUUUCACUUGUUGUUUUUUUUGUCUCCACCUCCACCUAGUGUGGAAAUAGGUGAGAGUGUGCGUGGGGAGGACGUCUACAUUGUGCAGAGUGGGUGCGGUGAAAUCAAUGAUAACCUGAUGGAGCUUCUCAUCAUGAUAAAUGCCUGUAAGAUUGCAUCUGCUAGCCGUGUCACUGCAGUCAUUCCAUGCUUCCCUUAUGCUCGCCAGGACAAAAAGGACAAGAGUCGAGCCCCAAUUUCUGCCAAGCUGGUCGCAAACAUGCUUUCUGUGGCAGGUGCUGACCACAUCAUAACUAUGGACCUACAUGCUUCUCAGAUUCAGGGUUUUUUUGAUAUCCCUGUGGAUAACUUGUAUGCAGAGCCUGCUGUACUGAAGUGGAUUAAAGAAAACAUUGCAGAAUGGAAGAACUGUACGAUUGUUUCACCAGAUGCUGGUGGAGCAAAAAGAGUAACAUCCAUUGCAGAUCGGCUGAAUGUGGACUUUGCCCUCAUUCACAAAGAGCGAAAGAAAGCCAAUGAGGUGGACCGCAUGGUGUUGGUGGGUGAUGUGAAGGACAGAGUGGCCAUUCUGGUAGAUGACAUGGCAGACACUUGUGGCACCAUCUGUCAUGCGGCAGACAAGCUUGUGUCAGCUGGAGCCACCAAAGUUUAUGCCAUCCUAACUCAUGGGAUCUUUUCUGGACCAGCCAUUUCCCGGAUCAACAAUGCCUGCUUCGAGGCAGUUGUAGUCACAAACACAAUACCACAAGAGGACAAGAUGAAGCACUGCCCUAAAAUCCAGGUGAUUGACAUCUCAAUGAUCCUUGCAGAGGCCAUCAGGCGGACUCAUAAUGGGGAAUCGGUCUCCUACCUGUUCAGCCAUGUUCCUUUAUAACAGAUGCUGGCUGCUGCUUGUGUGGCUUUUUCAAACCAAAAGUUGUUCAGCUAAUUAUAAAGUUCAUUAGAAGACUCUGCUUGUUCCAGUGCAGCUCUCCAUAGCUCCUCUUCUGCACACAUCAGGCUGUCUGAGUCUGAGUCUGAGCCUAAGCCCAGUUCAGGGAGGGAUGGGGUGGGGUGAGGAGCAAACAUCUGUAAUGCUCAAGCUCCUGCCAGUAGCAUCCCACUGCAGUCUCCUCAGUAGUUUAAGCUUUCAGUAGAAUUGAGUCAGCACUGCAGAUCUGUGGAGAGCAGAACUGAUGUGGUCAAUUGCCACAACGUUCUUUUGGAAGGGAAAUUUGUCUCUGGGGAGGUUAGACUAAUUUGCAUGCACGCCUGGAUUUUUUUUGUAUGGGAAGUAACUCACGAGCACAUGCUUGCCUGGAACCACAGGAAGAGUCCAAGGGACUGCUGACCCACAUCGCUUACUCCGUACGCGACAGAAGCCCUUAACAAGUUGCUAUAAAAGUCUUGUCUGCUGACCGUGUUUCUGAUGAGAAGUGAGGCACUACAGGGUGGGAUGAGCAGUUUCCUCUUUCAGAAGGUGAUUUAGGACCUGUGUUGUGCAGUGUGUUAAAACCCUGAAUUCAGAUUGUUCUACUGAGGAAACUUGUCCUCUAAUUUCCCCUUUUUUGCCACUCCGUUAGUGAGUCUAGCCUUCCUGACCCUUCACUGAUAUGGACGUUUCUUGGGCAUGCAUCUGCAGAGUAGAUUAACAUGGGCUGAUGUGUUUACUUCCUAUUAGAAGUUUUUAUUUCCAUGCAUUUUAGCCUGUUCCGUUACGAAGUUUCUGAUGUAUUUUGUUCUGGUUGCAGUAUUUGCACCCACCUUUGCUCUUUAAUGUGGCCAAUAUCACAGUUGGCCACCUCUGCAAUAUUCUCUUUUCCCCCCUCAAGGAAUCUUGGGAAUGUUAAUGGAGGAAGAGAGACUUUAGAGGCCUUAGGAAGGGCUAAUGAUGGCUGAGUCAGCCAGCUGUUCUUCAUGUAAGGCACUCAGUGAUAGGUCAGGCAGAGACUUGUGCCCUCUGUAUCUGUUGUUGACACUUUCGCAAUGUCACACUUAACCCCAGGCAGUAACUUUCCUAAUGCAGGAAGGGAAGAAACAGUCAAGCUGUCUCAGUGCUCCUGCCUGUAGAAUAGGCAUAAUCCAAAACUUGAAUGCAUGGUAGUUGCACCAUCCCACGAUAAGCAGUUUAAACCAGUCUUUCCUGGACUCUUACGGGGUAGCAGACCAAGCUGGUUCUUGUAUGCAUUCUGCUUUUAUAAACAGUCUUGUGUAUCUUUGGAGAUAGGGAAGGAAGUUAUUCGGAGUCACUUGUAUCUACAGCCAGUGUCAGUCGAGGGAUUUAAUGGGUGAGAGAUAAGCAUCGCUACCUGGAAAAAUCUGGCUGUCUAGGUUUGGAGUGGUCCUUUUAGUUGUUAGUAUUGUGCCUUUUUAAGUAAGACUCUCUUCCUCUUCCCCCCGCCCCCCGAUUACUGUCUUGCAGCAACUUAAAACCCUGCACUGUAAGAAGUGUUUCUUUUGUAUAAGAAGUUGGUAUUUGUCUGGAAAGCGUGUAUGUUUGCUUCCUUGCCUUGCUUCCUGCAUUGAGCUAGACUGAGGAUCUGUCCAGGACUUCUGCCUCCUACUUCAAAGCUCCUGCUAGUUCACUGCCAACACAUUGUGAUCAAAAGCCAAGAGCAAGGACAUCAAAGCAGUGUGAAGACUUUCAGCCGCAUUUCUGGUAAACUAAGACCUCAAUGAAGAAAUUAAACUUUUAUUUAAAAAAUAAUUA